AUGACACGCGCGUCCCAAGUCAAGCCCGCGUUCGUCAUGCUCUCCCGCCAACUUCAGACACGGCCACCGCCGUUGUUCCGUACAGAGGAAUUUCAGGUGUCUGCGGUAAUUGCGGCACAGCAGGUUGCGAGCCGUCUGUGUGCCCCGCUCGCGCUACGUUGCCUGCACACGGCUGCCGAAGAAGGUUCAGGUGCCAUGCUGGAAGGAGCAGCCAAAACGGCACAGGAACAGCACAGCCCGCUAAGUCUACCAAAGUUCGGCCUUGGACUUGCCAAGGGCAUUCAGCACAAGGUCAAGAUAAAGUCGUCAGCCUCUCCAGUCGUGCAAAAGCUCAGACACACAGAAGAUGGCCUUCAGAUUGAAGAGGAAGUUGUGUCUCUGGUCACAUCUUCAGUUCAUGUCAAUGACCUUCGACUUGCUACAGCCGAGGAUUGCAAACUCCAGGAGGUUGUUCAUUUUGUUCAGACAUCAUGGCCAGCGAAGAAAUCUUUGACUGUUGAACUGACUCCUUACUAUGAGGUCCGGGAGGAAUUGUCAGUAGCAGAUGGUCUGCUUAUGCGCUCGGAGCGUAUUGUGGUUCCAGCCAAGCUCACUGCUACGUUUAUUCAGCUUGCCCAUGAAUCGCACCCGGGAAUUGUGAAGACCAAGCAACGUCUUCGUGGAAAGUACUGGUGGCCAGGUCUGGACAAACAAGUAGAGACUGCCAUCCGAAACUGCACGGUCUGUCAGUCGGCAGACAAAAGUGCUAAAAGCUAUCCCACUCCACUACAGCCAGUGGCCCUUCCAGAUAAACCUUGGAGCAAGAUAGCUAUUGAUAUUGUGGGCCCAUUUGAGCGUGCACCAGCCGACUGCCGUUUCGUUAUAUCGGUUGUCGAUUAUUUUUCCAAAUGGCCAGAAGUUGCUUUCUGCAGGGAUGUGUCUUCCACUAAAGUGAUGGACUUCCUCCUGUCAAUAUUUGCACGAGAAGGCUACCCCGACGAACUGGUCUCGGAUCACGGACCACAAUUUACAUCCCGAGAAUUCGAGUCCUUUCUUCAAGAUAGGGGCAUCAAGCACAGUUUCUCGGCCGUGUAUCACCCACAGGCAAAUGGACAGGUGGAAAGGUUCAACCGUGUGCUCAAAUCUUAUAUUCAGUUGGCCUUGCUAGAGCAGCGACCAGUGAAGAACACUGUUACAGAGUACUUGGGGAUCUUCAGAGUUACUCCUCACAGUACCACUGGCCUUUCUCCUGCAGUGCUUCUGCAUGGCCGGCACAUCAGGACAUCCUUGGACGUCAUCGGACAUCCCACCUCUAGCUUCUUCACGGACCCCGCUCCGGAGAUGUCCUCACUUCGGAAGAGGGUGAAAGAGCACCAGCGCAAAAACAAAGUGUACGCUGACCGACGAAGAGCAGCCCGAGUACCGCAGUUCCAAGUUGGGAAGUAUGUGCGCGUUAAGAAACCAACUCCUGGUCCGAAAGGUACUCCCAGCUUUGGACCUCCAAUGAAGAUCCUUAAGCGCAUCGGGCGUUGGUCCUUCUGCCUGGAAGACGGUCGAACUUGGAAUGCCUCACAGCUGACGGCAGUCCCAACGGGAGCAUCGCCACAACAUGCGGUACGGUGGGAUGACGACUACAAAGCUGCGCCGCUACACGGAGCACAAGCCUCUUGGCUGCCAAGCCCACGGUCACCUGGCAGAACCUCUGGGCAGUUGGAGCUAUCCCCGUCAAUUUCUUCAGAUCUUUCACAGCCACAGGGUCCAGUACAUGCAAGCCUUGCUUCAGAAGAUGGUGACAGUGCUUCCGUUGUCAUCGAAACUGCUGGCGAGCCGCCAGCGUUACGUCGGUCCACAAGAGACAGAAGACCACCGGCAAGGUUGCAGGACUAUGUGCUUGGAUAUAAACAUUGA